UUUAGUGCUGUUUUGGUCUGCCUUGGAAGAAGAUCCAAGAAUAAGUUCUACCUGAACACCGGUGCCUGAGUCGCUGUCGUUUACAAUUGAACGGUGUCUUCGAUCGAUAUGUGUGUCAAUGUGGUUCUUCUACUGGGUCUGCUGCAGACAUGCUAUUCGGGGCCAAUAACUUACGGCCCCCCUCGCGUGGAGACCAAGCCGAACCUGCUCGACUCCUUCAUCCCUGCGGCCAUGCAAGUCAUCUCGCACGUCACGGAGCUGAUGAAGUACGACCUGAAACCCACCACGAACCCCCCCCUGGGGCCCACCACCUCCACCAUGAGGCCGACGCCGCCCCACAGACCGGGCCUGUACGCCCCCGAGAAACCCCCGGGGCCGGCGGCCUACUACGCCCAGAAAGGGUUGAGCUACCGGGAGUACAUUGAGCGUUUGCGGCAGCCCAGUGGGAUAAACUAUUUCGACAGGUACAGGUACCCCCUCACGGAAGGAGACUUCCUCGCUCUGUCCGAAAAUUCUAGGGAAUCUUCGGGAAGGAGUUACUCUGUUGCGGAUGGGGAAGAGGGGCCGCCGGCCAGUGCCGAGUCUGUGGAUUUGGAGUACUAUUUCGGGAAGAAUUUCGUCGACGUUUUGAAUUUGGCCACCAAGGUUGAACCCGACGCUGUGCCCAAUAGCGUCGACGAGCAAGUGCAGGACUUUUCCAGAGAAUUCGACGAUUCGAAUUUCAGAUACGAACUAUACAGGCAGAAAAAAGUGCCUCCGACCAAGGCUUACGUCACUCUUUUAUCUUUGUACGAUCUCCUGAACAAAGAAUCGAAGCGAUUAGGGCUGAACAAGUACCAGGGCUACUCUGACGCGGUCCUUCAGGUGUUAAUAGAGUCGUCGAAGGAGUCCUCCGCUUACCAACUGAGAACGGUGCUCAACAAGAUCAUAGAGAGGAGCGACACGAAGAAGCCGGACAUCGUAAAGAAAAUCAAACAGCUGGUGACCGAUUUGGACGAGCACUCGAGUUACAUCAACAACGCGCUGAGGUACAUCCCGGCUCUACCCUUCGUGUCGUAGACGACAAACGUCGGUUUUGUGAUUUAUCGCUAAAAUAUUUUAUACAUAGGUACAUAUGUUUUCUGUAAAUAAUCAUGUUCGUGAGUAAUAUAGUAGUGACGUAGCCAAAUGAAAAGAAUAAAGUAUUUUUACACAG